CAGCAUCAUGGGAAUUAAAGGACUUUCACAACUGAUUGCCGAUAUCGCACCGUUUGCGGUGAAAGAGGGAGAAAUAAAGCAUUUUUUUGGACGAAAAGUGGCCAUCGAUGCAUCCAUGUGUCUGUACCAAUUUCUGAUUGCUGUCCGUGCUGAGGGUGCCCAGCUUACGUCGGUGGACGGUGAAACGACCUCCCAUCUUAUGGGUACGUUUUACCGCACGAUCCGGCUGCUAGAGAACGGCAUCAAGCCGGUGUACGUCUUCGACGGUAAACCACCGGAUCUCAAGUCUGGCGAGUUGAGCAAGCGUGCCGAGCGAAGGGAAGAAGCGCAGAAAGCGCUGGACAAAGCGACAGAAGCUGGCGCCGUGGAGGACAUUGAGAAGUUUAACCGUCGACUGGUGAAGGUAACGAAACAGCAUGCAAACGAAGCGAAAGAAUUGCUACGGUUGAUGGGCGUUCCGUACGUGGAAGCACCUUGCGAAGCGGAAGCACAAUGUGCCGCACUGGUUCGCGCUGGAAAGGUGUUUGCGACGGCCACCGAAGAUAUGGAUGCACUUACGUUCGGCUCAUCCAUCCUACUGCGCCAUCUAACGUUUAGUGAAGCGCGCAAAAUGCCGGUGCAGGAGUUUAACUACGAAAAGGUGCUGAAAGGGUUCGAACUAUCGCAGGACGAGUUUAUCGAUCUGUGCAUACUGCUCGGAUGCGAUUAUUGUGAAACUAUCCGGGGUAUCGGUCCGAAGAAAGCGAUCGAAUUGAUCAAUAAGCAUCGUUCGAUCGAAAAGAUCCUGGAACACAUUGACAAGUCGAAGUACAUCGUACCGGAAGACUGGAACUAUGAGCAGGCAAGAAGGCUGUUUAAGGACCCGGAAGUACAGGAUGCGGAUACCGUCGAGCUGAAGUGGUCCGAACCGGAUGAGGAAGGUUUGGUGAAGUACAUGUGCGGUGAUCGUCAGUUCAACGAGGAUCGUAUAAGGGCGGGUGCGAAAAAAAUUAUGAAAACAAAAAACACCGCAACGCAGGGCCGGUUAGAUUCGUUCUUCAAAGUGCUACCAUCGACCGGUACGCCCAAGCGAAAGGUGGACGAGAAAAAGCCACUUACCGGGUCCGCGGCAAAGAAAGCGAAAACUGGCGGAAGUGGUGCAGGCCGGGGUAGGAAACCAAAGUAAUGUGC